UAUACCCGACGCCGUUGAGCAAUCUUCCAAAAAUAAAGCAUACCAGUUUCGAGUUCCAGCUGAAAGUGCGCGCAGAGAAAUCGGCGUCUCUCGUUUCAGUUUUUCGCACGCUCCAAGGCGCACCUUCCGUCGCAGCGUUUAAGAUGUCAGACGAAGCCAAAGCAGCCGCUGCUGCUCCAGCAGCCGCUGCUGCUCCAGCAGCAGCAGCAGCAGCACCAGCACCAGCAGCCGCCGCUCCAAAACCUGAGGCAAAACCUGCUGAAGCUAAACCUGAGGCCAAAGUUGAAGCCAAGUCUGAAGCCAAACCGGAGGCCAACGGAGCAGCCAACGGUGCCGAAACUCCGAAAUCGGCCGGCGGAAGCAAGUUCAAGGAAAAUUUCCGUGCCUUCUCGAAAUUCGGCGACACGAAGAGCGAUGGAAAGUUGAUCACCCUAUCGCAAAGUGACAAGUGGAUGAAGCAGGCUGGUGUCAUUGACAAGGCAAAAAUCACAACGACCGACACUGGAAUCCACUUCAAAAAAUUCAAGUCUCUAAAAAUCAACCUCUCUGAUUAUGAGAAGUUCAUCGCCGAGUUGGCCAAAGCGCGAAAAAUGGAACCCGAUGAAAUAAAAAAUAAAAUGGCAGAAUGUGGUGCACCUGGGUUAACUGGAGCAACAGCUGGUGCCAAGGUUCCGAGUGCCGUCGACCGAUUGACGGACGUUUCCCGCUACACGGGAUCUCACAAGCAGCGAUUUGACGAGACGGGCAAAGGUCGCGGCAUCGCCGGUCGAAAGGACCUUAAAGAUGGCUCGGGAUACGUCCAGGGCUACCAGAACAAAGAUUCGUACAGCAAAACUCACUGAAGAGAGGCAGCUAUAUUAUUAUUACUCCGGACCACUCCUGCUUUUUAUCCCAUUUUUAGGAGUAGAGAAUUUUAUUCUUUUUAAAAAAUGCAUCAAAUGUAUUUUGGAGUUUUGUUUUCAAUGGAAACUCGCGUGAACGUUGGAUUAUUUUUUUGGUUCCGCUUCAGAGAAGGGAAAGAUUUUUAAGAAAUUCACGAAGCCUAAAGAAAUAAAAAAUUAUUCGGCUGGGAUAGGUAAAAAAGAAAAAUAAUAAUCACAAGACCGAGCGAACAUUUUUGCUGUCGGAGCACAAGAUAUAAUUCAAAAAAUAUUGCAAGAGAUAGCCGGUAAUUUUUUACUCGCAAUCACUAAUCGUAACCAGCCAGAUUAUAAUAAUAAUAAUCAAUGUAAUGGUAGCUUUUAGGCAGAUUUGUAUUUACACAAGCAACUAUAUUUAAACGUAUCCCUACUUAAGUACCUUUCCAAUCUGAGAUAGCCACGAAUGAUUUCUUGCGAAAGAAAUUCAAUUCAACUUCCGAAGAGACAGGAAAGUUUGCUGCACCGAGAAUAGAAUGAAUAAAAUCAAGAAAGGCGGUCGAAGUUACCUGAAAAGUUGUGCUUAGGCAACCCGCGGGACGUGCAAGUCGCGCCGGUCGCCUGCGAUGAAGCUCCUCUAUCUCUCUUUCUCUCUCCUUUCCGCUUGUUUGCAGACGAGAAACUGAAACGAGAAAACUCUUGAAAUCAACACACUCGCAAUCAAUAAUUGUGCGACUAAUUUACAUAUUAUACACACGAAAGAAUAGAAAAUUUAUCUCCUUCCGAAAUCACAGUACAAAAUAUCUACUGCAUUUUGUCACACCAGUGUAGACUUCAACACGUCUAAAAAUUUAACUGUAAUUUUCUGAAGUUCGUUUACACAAUGUCUAAAACGAGAAAAAAUGUCACAAGUUAGUCGCACAAGAGUUCCAACUGGAUGCAUUUUAAGGGGAGUUUUAUUCGGGAAUAACUCCCAAACACUGAUGAUAAGAAUCCUUUAGGUGAAAAAAGAACAGAAGUUUUAAAUGUAAAAAUAAAUUAUUGUGGAAUAUUCGUGUUUCCGAUAUGUGAAUAAAAGACACUGAAACAUGAAUAAAUUGGUUUAUUCAUUC